UUAUAAUAGGCAUAACCUCUUAAUUUGUUUACAAUUUUUUUUUUCUUAUCAAUAUUAUCAUAAUUUUAAGCGAUAACUUUGCGCUAUUUUCUUAUUUAAGUAUCUUAUAGACAAAACUGCACAGCGUAGGACCCUAGACAUAAAUGCGGCACGCGUAUUAAAAGUUAUAAAAUAGUUUACGUAACUGUUUAAAUUGCUUUAAAUUCGUUGGAUAUUCGUGUUUGUGACGUACGCCUUGACCAUGAACAUAUCUGUUUUGCUGUCUCGCUCGAUAACGUGUAUUAAAAGUCGAUUUCCAGCGAGGAAAAUCGUCAGUAACCAAAUAUAUUUCACGCCGGUUAGAAACUUUUCCGUAACACAAAGUAGAAAGAUGAAAGUAAUUCAGUUCGCGUAUAAACAGAAGCCUGAAGAUAUUCGCGUCGGGUAUAUCGUUGGAGAUGCUAUAGUAGAUGUAAAUAAGGCCGACCCAUCAUUGGCUACUUCAUUGCUACAAAUCCUAAAGGAUGGGGACUUUGAGAAGGUGAAAAAAAUCACGUCGCUAAGCCACCUCCCGACCGUACCUAGAUCAGAAGUCACUCUGAAAGCACCCAUCACUGGUCAAGACAAGGUACUUUGCAUAGGGCUGAACUACCUGGACCACUGCACAGAGCAGAAGAUUGAGCCUCCAGAGGUGCCGAUGACGUUUGCCAAGUUCACCAGCUGCAUCAUAGGGCCGGAGGACGUACUGCGCUUGAAGACCAAGGUCACCUCGAAAGUGGAUUGGGAAGUGGAACUGUGUCUGGUGAUAGGCAAGACCGCGCAAGACGUGAAGGCUGAAGACGCAUACAAGUACGUGCUAGGCUUCACUGUGGCUCAGGAUAUCAGCGCCAGGGACUGGCAGAAGAAGCUGAACGGCGGACAAUUCCUGCUUGGCAAGUCAAUGGACACAUUUUGCCCGAUCGGCCCUUGCAUCACGACGAUCGACGAGAUCGGAGACCCUGCGAACCUUGAGAUAUCCUGCAGCGUCAACGGAGUGCUCAAACAGAAGAGCAACACCAACCAGCUCGUGCACAAGAUGCCCGCACUCAUUGAACGGCUUUCCAGUGUAAUGACGCUUCUCCCCGGCGACAUAAUACUGACAGGCACCCCCGGGGGAGUCGGCAUGUAUCGCAACCCGCCUGAAUACCUCAGACCAGGUGACGUCAUACAUAGCGAGAUCCAGAAGAUCGGCGUACUCACCACCAGAGUCCAGGAGUUUUAAGCUACACUGCUGAUAAUUGUGGUCUAUGGCAGAAGAGGUAGGCUAUGCUGGAUAUCAAUAUAAUUACCGUUAACGCCAAAAUAUCUUAGAAUAUUUGGUCUUUUGCAAAUAUCCAGUUAGAAGUAACUGAAUAUUAGUAACAACUCUAGGAUUAGGAAUUCUAGGAUAUUUUUGCGUUUACGGCAAUUAUAUUGAAUUCCAAUGUUCGAACUACCCACGUAGUUACUCCUGGAGAUACGGAUGCCACAAAUUGAGCUCUGAUCAUUACUUCAAAGUAUCCAAAGAAAACAUAUGUAAAUGUAAAGAAAAAGCUAAGAAACAAAUUGUACAAAAAAAUAAGUUAAAAUGUAUCUGUUAUAAAUAUUUUACAGUAAUGUAAGUAAACUUACGGUAUAAUUAUUCUCUAAAUUAUAAAAAACAUUGACGAAUGUAAUCUUGUCAAACAAUGUCAAUAGUAAAGCUAGUUUUGGUGUUAGCUAAAGUUUAACCAUUACGAAAACUGAGUGGUGAUUCAGACCACGAUUCUGAGUUGAUAUCAAGUGGAAUUUUCUAUCGCAAAAGUAUAAAUUGAAAAUGAUUAAAAUAACAAAAAAAACAUGAAUUUUGCGGCGGAUAAUUCCACUUGAUAUUAACUCGGAAUCAUGAGCUGAAUCAUCCUCCUCGGUAUUCGGUACGAGAUGUUCAGUAGCGGCCCUAGGGUGGUUAUAAAUAAAAGUCCGAACUGGAUGGGUAUCUUCUAUUAUUAUUUAAAAAAUUCCACUUGAUAUCACUCAGAACCAUGGUCUGAAUCACCCCUCAAAGUUUUUGUUACGAUUUCACUAACACCCUGUAUAUUUUAUACCCUUUUUGUUAGUUAUUUAUAAGCUAAUAUUGUUAAUAUCAAACAUUUUUGACUGGUUUAAAUAAUUGUUUAAUAGUUUUUAUACAAUAAUUAGAUACUCAACGCGCGAAUAAGGUGCAACUUUUAAUAUAUUGUUAUUACAAAAAUAA